CGUAAAAGAAUCAAUUUUGAUCCCACCCACUCUGUCUCGCGUUUGUAGUGGUAAGAAUAUGUCUUCAAAUCGUCGAGUAGACAGCAUUUUAGGGCAUUUGUCCACCACACGAGACCAAAAUAAGGAUGAAGCUUAUAACCUAGAAAAGAAAAAUUGCAGUGAGCUGUCCAGUUCUGGGAAGGAAUCAGAGGCAAACGGACCGCGUAUUCCAAAAAGAAGACAAGACCUGCUCAAGUGGAAUGGAUGGGGAUAUAGAGACUGCAAGUUUGUUUUGGAUCCUGUCAAAGAACUUGUAUCAUUUGAAGGUGACAGAUACCAACUUAAAGGACCAUUACCAUACUUAAAUGGAUGGCUAGAAACCAUUGAAGGGGUCAAUUUAAAAGCAAAUCGUGAAGCACAGCCUGAUAUUCCAGCUGAUAAGAUCCCUAAAUCUAUCAUCAAUGAUGGAUUCUUAGAUGACUUCAAAAGAAGUGGUAUAUCACACACAUUUGAUCCACAUGAUAGACUCUUCAGGGCUCAUGGGCAUACCCUUCAUGACUUGUUCACGCUGAGGGAAGGUAUCUUUAAAAGAAUUCCAGAUAUUGUUAUAUGGCCAGACUGCCAUGAUGAUGUAGUAAGAACAGUUAGCAUGUGUACCAAGCACAAUGUUUGUAUUAUUCCAUAUGGAGGAGGAACUAAUGUGACAAGAGCAGUAGAGUGCCCAGAUGAUGAGAGGAGAAUGAUUGUUUCACUUGAUAUGUCACAGAUGAAUCGAAUCUUAUGGGUGGAUGAGAAAAACCUGACAGCUCAUAUUGAAGCUGGUAUAUUUGGUGUAGAUCUUGAAGAAAAGUUAUCAAAGUAUGGUUUAUGUAGUGGACAUGAACCUGAUUCAUGUGAGUUCAGCUCUUUAGGAGGGUGGGUUGCUACAAGAGCUUCAGGAAUGAAGAAGAAUGUAUAUGGAAACAUUGAGGAUAUAGUUGUCCAUAUAAGGAUGGUUACACCUCAAGGUGUCAUUGAAAAGAAUUGCCAGGUUCCUCGUAUGUCUACUGGUCCUGAUCUUCAUCAUUUCAUUCUGGGAUCAGAAGGUACAUUGGGUGUUGUGACAGAGGUGACAUUAAGAGUUCGUCCUAUACCUCCAUGUAGGAAAUAUGGAUCAGUAGUCUUCCCUAACUUUGAACAAGGUGUUCAGUUUGUAAGGGAAGUAGCAAGGCAGAGAUGUGCACCAGCUUCCAUUCGUUUGAUGGACAAUGUUCAGUUCAGGUUUGGAAUGUCCCUCAAGCCACCAUCAGAAUCAAUCUGGACAUCUCUCGUUGACAGUCUCAAGAAGGUCUAUGUCACAAAGUUAAAAGGAUUUGAUCCGGAGACAAUGGUUGUUACAACACUUCUAUUUGAAGGAACUAAAGAGGAAGUUGCAGCUCAGGAGAAGAGGGUGUAUUCAAUUUCAUCAAGAUUUGGAGGUUUGGCAAGUGGUGAAGACAAUGGCCAAAGAGGAUAUAUGAUGACAUUUGCUAUUGCUUAUGUCAGAGAUUUUGCCAUGGACCAUUACAUCAUUGCUGAGUCAUUUGAAACAACAGUACCUUGGGAUAGGGUUCUCGAUGUAUGCAGGAAUGUAAAGGAACGUAUUACAAAGGAGUGUGCAGCAAACGGUGUACCAUAUGCCCCGAUCAUUAUGAGCAGAGUCACCCAGACAUAUGAUGCUGGAGCUUGCAUCUAUUUCUACUUUGCAUACAUGUACAAGGGCAUCCCAAAUCCAGUGGAAGUCUAUGAAGAAAUAGAGAAUGCUGCUAGAGAUGAGAUUAUAUCCAAUGGAGGAAGCCUGUCACAUCAUCAUGGAGUUGGCAAGCACAGGAAGCACUUUAUGAAGGGUACAGUAUCAGACGUUGGAAUGAUGGCAUUACGAGCAGUCAAAGACAAACUAGACCCUGACAAUAUCUUUGGAAAUCAGAAUCUAAUGUAAUGCAAGUUCAAUACUCCUGUUUCUCUUACAAUACAGUGUAAUUGAUAAAUUAAAUCAUGAUAUUGUUCUGUUGGUAAGGGUCACUGUCAUUAAAGGUGCACACCGGUUUCAGGUAUGAAUAUACAUCUUGUAUAAUCAGUCUGAUUUGAUGAUAAUGAUUAAGAUCAUUUGAUAUGAUGGCAUUUUUUUUUUCAUUUUGAACACUGGAAACUUCAUAUGCUUCAUUGGGAUAUCCUAUAUUUAAAUGAAAAUUGUAAUAAAAAUCAUAUAAGUUGAAUGCGGAUUUGUAUAUUUUGUGACUGUAAUGUUUUUUAUUAUUGAUAUUGUAUAUCAUCUACCUAUGUAGUUUGAAUGUUGUAAACAAUGCAAACUUUGUGAUGAUCUGGUCAUGUCUUGAAAAGCCAUGAAUCAUAUAUAUUUUUGUGGUAUUCUGUAUAUUAUGCAGCCACUGGGUCUUUUUUUUUACCAGUAAUAGUAUUUUUCUGAAUAUUUCAUAUGAAAACACUCCAAUACAGAAUUGUAGAGCAGAAUGAAGGAGUAAUAUGAUAAUACAAUACUUUGACAUACAUGAGUCAUGAGAUAGCUGAGGGAGCUAACCAUGAGGAAACUUAAAUAGAAUGUGGUUAUCUUCAUUUUACAAAUCUUACUUUUGUCAUCUAUGCUUCAUAUUUAUAUGCUGAUUGCUAGGAUACGUUCUGUAAUUUAUUGACUAA